AUGUUAGCACGAUCUUCAAAAAAAACCUUAUGGGGUUAUUCACCUCAGGAAAAAACGUUUUUUCCGGAGGUGAAUAAGCCCAUUACUCUUAUUUUUACAGAAAGCAACGAUCCGGCCGGUCAACGAGCAUUCUUGAUCAGACAUCUCAACAAUGUCACGAACGAAACGUUGAAAAUAACAACACACAACGUGCUUCGACCAAACUUCACUAUUUAUCCAACAUUGAAUAAAACGUCGCAAAAUGCGGCCGACGAAUUGGCGGAAGUUGUUCACGAGAACGUUGACGAAUUCUUGGAAGGCAUCAAUGUCAACAGUCUUAUUGCACUUGUUUCCACAAAUGUCGAUCCUUCCAAAAAAAUUCCAAUCGUGAAUCUCGCCAUCCAGUGGCUUCGCAAAAACGAAACCGAUGGGAAAAUUCUGAAUUAUCUUCUGAUGAGCAUCAGUCUCAAUUUCUUCACGGUUGCACAAAUCGGAAGAAUUCGUCUUGCUGUAUUUUUAUAUCUUACUUCUCCCGAGCUCAAAGAAUUUUAUGAUAUUCAUCUAAGAAAAUGUGGAAACAUUUUCAUUCACCGAAAGCUGGGUAUUUCUGGAGACCCGUCUGACGCCGAUUUGUACAACGAUGAGGAGACACAAGUGAAGUAUUGCAAUGCAGUCAAUAAGGUCACAGAUGAAUAUAUCAAUCCUUGCUGGCCUCAAGGAACUGAACGACAAGAGAGAGAGGGACCAACCGAAAUGAAAAGAAGAAGACAACUUCUCGUCGAAUUCGCACCUGUUCUAGAUUUGAAGAAUCCUAUUUACAAAUGGGAUUUUAAAAAUCGAGUUGAUCCGAAUAUCAGAGAAUUCGAUAGCGUUUCGAAGAAUGAAAAACGAUCCGAACUUCAAAGUAAUAACUUGGUUAGCCCGCCGAAGGAGAACAUCGUCAAAGGAGACGACGAAAAAGUUUCUACUCCAGAAUAUCGUCACAAGUCGGAUAAUCAUCAUCAUCUAUACAAUCGAUACGAUAAGCAGAGGAGAACGAGAAAGAACAGAAUGAAUGGCGAAUGGAAAAAUGACUGCUUCAGUUCUCAACAGUUUUCAUCAGUCAAUAAUGAGACUGAGAACAAUAUUUACGAGCCCGAGAACUGGGAUUCCCACAAGAUGCUUACUGAUGAACUCAGUUUUGGAGAUUCCAAUGACUUCGGAAGCAGCCAAGAAGAUUUGGAUAAUUCCUUCUAA